GGUCCGUACUAACUAGUCCGAACCCGAAGAAGCCCCAAUCGCUGCUGCAAACUGCAACUCUCCAGGAGCCACCACGCCGCUGACUCUCUAGGGUUUUUCUCUUCUCAUCUUCUCUCUCUCAGAACUCACAAGGUACUGGUAGGAAUUGACAAGGAGCAGUUCUGGGAUUUCAUUGGUUUUGUUUCUAAGAUGAUAUUCAAGAUUGUUGAGGAUAUCCUGAAGAUCCAUUGAGCUGCUCAGAGUUACUUUAAAGUUUGACACAAAAGAAAAAUGGACGAUGAUAAUGGGCUCGAGCUCAGCUUGGGUCUUUCUUGUGGAGGAUCGUCAGGAAAAGCUAAGGGUAACAAUGCUAAUAAUGUUGGAAGCUCCUCGGAGAAUCACAGGGCUGAAGGAGGUGAUCGAAGUGCUAAAGUGAUUGAUGACUUCAAGAACUUCCUGCAUCCUACUUCUCAAAGACCAGCUGAGCCGAGUUCUGGCUCUCAGAGAAGCGAUUCGGGUCAACAGCCUCAGCAGAAUUUCUUUAAUGACCUCUCCAAAGCUCCUACCGCUGACGCUGAAGCUUCCACGAAAUCCUUGUGGGUGGAGGAUGAGACACGCAAAGAUGCAGGAAACAAAAGAAAGUUUGGGUUCCCGGUGACUAAUGACGAAAAGAAGAAGGAGAAGGACUCGUCACAUGUUGAUAUGCAUGAGAAGAAGACAAAAGCAUCCCAUGUUUCAACCGCAACAGAUGAAGGAUCAACAGCUGAAAACGAAGAUGUAGCAGAAUCUGAAGUAGGUGGCGGUUCUUCCAACCACACAAAGGAGGUGGUACGUCCUCCUGCUGAUACAAACGUUGUGGACAACUUAAUUGGUCAAAGGAGGAGCAGCCAUGGCGGAUCUGGUACCGAAGAGUUUACAAUGCGCAACAUGAGUUACACCGUACCUUUCACAGUUCAUCCGCAGAAUGUUGUCACUAGUAUGCCUUAUUCUUUACCGGCAAAAGAGUCUGGACAACAUGCUGCAACGACAAGUGUAUUGCAGCCUAAUGCUAAUGCUGGAAAUAUUCCAAUUAUGUUUGGAUACUCACCGGUCCAGCUCCCUAUGCUGGAUAAGGAUGGUUCAGGCGGGAUUGUCGCGCUCUCUCAAUCCCCAUUUGCCGGAAGAGGUCCAUCAAGCUCGGCUACUGCCAAAGGCGAGGGAAAACAGCCUGUAGCAGAAGAAGGUUCGUCUGAGGAUGCAUCAGAACGGCCAACAGGAGAUAAUAACAACAACAAUACUGCAUUCUCUUUCGAUUUUUCGGCCAUAAAACCAGGAAUGGCAGCGGAUGUGAAGUUUGGAGGAUCCGGAGCACGUCCAAACCUACCAUGGGUCUCAACCACUGGUUCAGGCCCUCACGGCCGGACAAUCUCGGGGGUCACAUACCGGUACAACGCAAACCAGAUCAAAAUCGUAUGCGCUUGCCAUGGGUCGCACAUGUCGCCAGAGGAGUUUGUCCGGCAUGCAAGCGAGGAGUAUGUUAGCCCAGAAUCAUCCGUGGGAAUGACUGCCGCGUCAGCUCACACCUGAAAGGUCAUCAACCGGAAAAAGAUGUCUGCAAUCUAGUAAACGUAAGGAAGGAUUUGUAAUGAGUAAUCUUUUUGGAAUAUACGCUUUAUUAUGCUUACUACUCUCUCUCUCUCUCUCGCUCGGAUCAAACUCUCAAGCCAAAAAUUUUAUCGGGGCUUUUGUGCUAUGUUGUUGUUGUUGUAAUGUUUCUUUGUUCUUCAUGUCAACCUUGUGUAAGCCUCUCUUUCGUUUCCUUUUUGUUUUUUUGGUUGAAAGGAAAAUUAUAUAUAACCACAACAUUAUCAGUAUAAUUUAUUCUUUGUCACUGUAA